GUAUCUAUCACUUAUUUAUUGGGGAUCAAGGGGCCCGGGCAAUACCAUAUUCUGCUCAGGGUCUGGAGAUCAACACCCAGGCUGGGGUUUCUGGGGCAAACGAGGACUCAAGGCCCCUGGAAGAGCUGGUCCAGGGGACCGAAUGCCCCGAGUCUCCCCAGACAGAUCAUGAGCACACUCCUGCGGCUGCUGCUGGGCCUCAGCCUGGGCUGCACGGGAGCAGGCGGCUUUGUGGCCCACGUGGAAAGCACCUGUCUGCUGGAUGAUGAUGGGAUUCCACAGGAUUUCACUUACUGUGUCUCCUUCAACAAAGACUUGCUGACCUGCUGGGAUCCAAAGAAUGGAGCAAUGGUCCCUCGUGAAUUUGGGGUGCUGAAUCCCUUGGCCACUGACCUCUCAGAUGACCUCAACAAACAGGAAACCCUGCGCCAGCGCUUGUCUGUGGGGCUCCAGGACUGUGCCACACACACACAGCCCUUUUGGGGAUCCCUGACCCAAAGGACACGGCCACCAUCCGUGCAAGUAGCCAAAGCCACUCCUUUCAACACGAGGGAGCCCGUGAUGCUGGCCUGCUACGUGUGGGGCUUCUACCCCGCCGAUGUGACUGUCACGUGGAUGAAGAACGGACAGCUUGUCCCCCCUCAUGGCAGUGCCCAUAAGAUUGUCCAGCCCAAUGGAGACUGGACCUACCAGACCCUCUCCCAUUUAGCUACAACACCCUCUUUCGGGGACACCUAUACCUGUGUGGUGGAACACUUUGGGGCUCCUGAGCCCAUCCGUCAGGACUGGACACCUGGCCUGUCCCCGGAGCAGACGGUGAAGGUUUCUGUGUCUGCAGUGGUUCUGGGCCUGGGCCUCAUCAUCUUCUCCCUGGGUUUGCUCAGCUGGCGGAGAGCUGGCCCCUCUGGCUAUACUGUCCUUGCUGGGUCCACUUAUCCAGGAGGCCGGCACAUUUCCUAGAGGCAGGAUUCUGCAGCUUCCACGCCACGAGAGAGACCCACACUCUCAGUGAUGUCUGCGCCCCUCCAGCAUCCUCAAACCUCUGAUUUCCUGGAACCCCACGGAUUCUCCAUCCAAUUCUUUGAGUUUCCCAGUCUCCUCCCUAUGUAACCCUUAGCGACCUGGAGGAGCUCAUUUCUGGGAAUACUCUGUAACCAAGUUAUUGUCCACGGCUGUAUUUCUGGGGUGAAUAUAAUCUGGGGAAGGAGGCCGAGGUUCCUCCUCGGGCCCGCUGUGACAUCGCUGAGGAAUAAACUCUGCUGGAGCAUUG